AUGGCCGCCCUAUCUUUUCUUCCUCCGCACCUCCGGUCGCACUCCGAGAGGCUCUCGCCAGAGCUCCGGACGCAGCUCAAGAGCACGGGGACCUGCUGCCACCCGCACCUGCUGACGAGGAGGGAGCGGCGGAGGAUGGUGUCCGGCCGUCUGAGCUUCGAGACCUGCCAGGGGUGCCCCGCAACGCUGAGGCUGUCGGCCCCCAGCCCCGACUUGACCGCGCUCGGGGGCCCGUACGUGAAGACCACUCUCCAGCCAAAGAAGUUCAACGGCGGAAGGCCCAUCUACCUCAACAUGGACAGCACCCUGGGCCUGGAGAGCCAACCAAUAUACCUGUACUUCAUGCAGGAGCGUCUGGCCUGGGUGAUCGGACUUGACUACAGCACCAAUUUCGUCAUGGGGUUUGCUGGCAUGGAAGCCCAAUGCCCCAGGGAUACGAAGUAUUGGUCGUUCCACAACGGGUCAGGCUUUGUGAGAAAGCACUUCGACAUCAAGGGCGAAGAGAACGGGUACAACGCCCCGAAGGACACAGACCAUAUUGCUUGGAACGUGCAUGCGCGCAGGUGGGAACGCGAGACGACAGUCUGGGAAAAUGGCCGGUUAGAAAGCGUGAACGUGACUGACGAUGAUGAUGCCUGGAGAGACGGCGAGAGCAAUGUGACCGCGGCCAGAGAGGAGGAGGUUGCAGGUGCCGCCGAGAAUCAGGACACCGACGUCUUGAACAUCACGACCGACGCCGUCGAGAUGGACGACGAGAACGCCACAGAGAACGAGGAGGACGGCGACGCGGCCGAGAGAGAGACGACCGGGGUCGGCGAGAGGGCCGGGGAGAAUGCCUCCGGGGCGGAGCAGGGCAGGGGCCCGAGGCGCGGCGCCUCCCUGAUGCAGACGUCGUGGUGAGGAGGGGCCGUGCACCGGGCACCUCGGGCGCUCCGCCGCCCAACAACCAGGCUUUCCCGGGGGCGUGGCUGCCUGCUCCGCCUAUGGACGAGACCCUCUAUGUCGUUCUCUUCUUCUCCUCUCCGCGUUCAGCUUUGUCUUCGGCUUCGGCUAUAUUUGGCCUUCAGCCUGUCUGUACUCUUCAACUCUCACUCCAGUUUCUCCAGAGGGUGCACUGCGGAGCGUCUCCUGGCCAGCACCCUUGAGUCGGUAUGUUUCCGCACGGGCGGCCAGCUCACCCGAAUCUUUCUUUUCUGUUCGCGUGGGUGCCUCCCUCCCCCACUCCGCCAUCUGUCGAUACCCUGCAUCGCACAGGCGCUGGGGAUGCGGCCGCCAGAGUGUAUACCUCCAGCUGAACGACCCAUCUGCAGAGUCUCCGGAUUCGAGCAGGUUGCGGAGUUCCGCUUGAGCAGGGUACGUCCAUCGAUUGCCUAUUUAUUAAGUUAUACUCACUUUUGCUUCUAGUGGCGAGCCAAAUCGUCGUGCAAGGUGCGCUCUUUACUUGCGAGUGCAAGGGUCGUGCAGCUUUGGGUGCCCGGGUGCCCGAGACGUUGGAGCGGCUGGCUAACCAACACGGGUUGAGAAGGAGCCCGGGCGCAGGCGAGUGGAGCA